AUGUCUUCCAUGAGCUCACCGACGCCAUCCGUAAAUUCCCCAAGUAUAUCCCAUGACACUCUGGCCGCCGCCGCGGAACGUCGAACAAGUUUACUGGCAGCAACGCCUCAGAAGACUGCUGCACAAUUAGCUGCUGAGCAUGACAAGCGGCAGAAAUUCCGAAGAAUGGUAGAUCCUGGGAUCACACGGCCCAACUCUCAGGAUCAAGCUCAAAGAUCUCUCAAAGUAAACGCUACGCCUUUGCUGACUCUACUGACCAUCGCCGAAAACUUGCUACGAGAACCUGACAACCCCAAGUACCAGCAGUUCAAGCCUACAAACACCGUGAUCAAGAGAGAUCUCGUAGACCCAAAAGGCGCCUUGGAGUAUGCCAUCGAACUUGGCUUCAAAGCAGAAGUCCACAACUUCCAACCGUACUAUAGGUUCCACCAUCGCCAUAUGGAAGAACUCCAGAUUGGUACUAAAGUCCUGAAGGAAUUCGUCUCUCUGGAAGCAGAGAGGCAGGAACGUAUUGCGAAGGCGAAGGCAGGAGAGAAAGCUGCAAGGGAGGCUGCGGCAGAACUGGUCAAACUCGCUUUCAUGGACGAUCGAAAAAACAAAGAACUGCGUGACGAGAUGGACAAGGAGCAGCGUGAAGGUCGAGCGAUUGCUGCUCGACGAGCCGCGUUGGCGACGAGUACACCCGGACCAGAGCCAACGAUGCCAGGUUCCGGACACAGUUUAGAUUCCCCAACCAUUGACCAGAAUGAAUUACCUGGCAAUGAGCGUGCGGGAAGUUAUGAUAACGACGGAUGA